GGGGCUAUUUAUUAUAAUGGUCCUCAUUACUAAUUUUGUGGGACAAAGACAUAGCUGGUGAUCAGAAAAAUCGUGCAAUAAUAAACUAGUUCACCGAGACGACAAAGAAAGGCGUUCUUACACAAUGCGUCAUGUCGCAUUACAUGAAAGCGUCGAGAAAGACCUUCUCGAAGAGCACAAACGAUUACUUGAUCCGUCCCUUGUUGCGGCAGAGAGACACGGGCGAGCUUUGCGACGUCGAAUUCAAAUUAAACGGAAGAAAACUGCAUGCCCAUCGGGCUAUUAUAGCAUUGUGGAGCCCAUACUUUUUGUCCAUGUUCACGUGCGACAUGCGGGAGAAAAAUACACGGGAAGUGGAUCUGUCAGCAUCUCUGAGUCUGGAAAACGACGAUGUGUUGGGACGCGUGUUAGACUUCAUGUACACAGGCUCCAUUGUUAUUACCACAGAUAACGUCGUAGAUGUCAUCGUAAUUUCAGAUUUUUUCUUAAUGGAUGACCUCAAAGAAUACUGCAAGCAGUUUUUGUUAGACUUUGGUAAUCUGGAUUUAACGAACUGUCUUCGUGUCAGGUUCCUUGCUGAUGACCACAAUAUGCCUGAAGUGGCAGUUGCUGCUCAGCAGAUAAUUGAAUCGCGCUUUCAUGACUACCUCAUUCACCAUGAAGAAGUUUUGGAUCUACCAGCCCAUUGCCUUCUUCGGCUUCUUCAGAUACCAACGGUGGUGCAACACACUAGCUAUAUAGAAUUGAAAAAGGCUGUAGAGCAUUGGGUAGACCAUGACAAGUCAUCACGGCAGCAGUACCAGACAUGCUUGAUGGAUAGUGUUAAGUCAUGGAUUUCUGAUUUUGCGAACGAAGCUUCAUACUUGGGCAGAGAGUUACGUCGAUCUCUCGAAGGAGCAGAUGCUGUUGUAGCUUUUCAGGUUGACAAAAAUGUUAACAGCAACAUGAACCUCAUCGAUAGUACCCCAGCAAUCAGUAAUGAACUGACCAGUCCUGACAAGACAGAAUGCCCAGUUUUAUUUUCUGUGGUUUGCAACCAGGGCCUGAAAUUCAUGAAAAUUCUGCUUUACAAUCUUACUUUGCAAAAGUGGUUUCACUUCCCUUUAUCUGGAGAUCGUUUGCUGCAGUAUGUGCCAGUACGUCAGACAGUGUGCAAUCUUCUUGUGCAUGAAGCGCGUCUGUACAUGUACCUAUGUCACAGCUUUCCAUAUCCAACAGAUAUGCUAAAGAUCAACAUUCUGGUUGUUGAUCUCAUUACAGGGCAGCCCUCUUUGUUCUCCUUUCGAACUAUAGACAAUUACAACCCUUGCUAUCGCACAACACUCACAAACUUUCGAACCGCUCCCCCUGCCAUGGUGUGGUGUAGUAACCAGCUGGUGGUUGUGGGCAACAAAGAAGGAACAGGUCAUCUUUUUAUCUGCAACUUGAGCAGCAACCAAUACUCCUGCUAUCAGAUUCCUGGUUCACGCUUUAUUAGCCUGGCACGAUGUGUUACGCGUGACAAUCGUCACAUCUUUGUCUGGUUUCGGCAUCGCACAGGACCUUCUGAAGAAUUCUGCGUUAAAAAGUCAGUUGGCUUUUCUGUCUUUGACAUAAAAACUAAACUCUUCACUCCUUUGGAUGUGUGCGCACCAGAAAUUUCUUAUGAAGACUUCGCUGGAUGCUAUGUGAUGUGCUUGCGAGAUGAAACUAUUCAUGUAUACAAACCUGGAGAACCAGCAUUCAUCCUGGAUGAGGUGCGAGGCAAAUGGGUUACUUCCCUUCGUAGAAUUCCUUCCCCUUGUACAGAAGACUGUACAAGUGAGGGGCAUGCCUAUGGAUACCAGCUGGUCACAGCAACAGAAGACAGUAUCUAUUUGUUGAACAACCAACAGCCCUAUAUGACUUCACUGUAUGAGAUUUCAGAAAAAUUUCCCUGUGCAAUGGCACACAUACCACCUCCCAUUGACAAUAUAUCUGUUGUUGCUCAUGGCAACAUACCUUUAUCUGUUCUGCAACCUCUGGUUGCUUGCAACAGGUAUGAUGAAGCCUAUGCAAAUGCUCUUCAUGUCACUCUCCAGCCUUCAGAUGGCGAGACAGAUGACAGUGCUUCAUGCUGUGAUGUGAAAGAAUCUGACAAUGAUGAUUAUGAGUACGAUGAUGACAUAUAUGAUUACGACUUCAACUACGACAUUGAUGGUCUGGACUUUUAAAGUGAUGGAAGAAUGGUUCAGAGAACUCUGCUGUUAACUAUGAAAGUCACAUGUUCUUAUAUUUAAGCUGCACUCUAUAAUACAAUUUCAUCAUAUAGUGCAGUAGCGUAUAGAGUUGUGGAUGAUAUCUAGUACUUUUAGCACCAUGUAUCUUUAUAAGUUUAUCAUUGAUCAUGGUUUAUUGCCAUGAGCUAUUUUAAGUUUUGAUUAAUUUUUCAUAGAAUUUCUGCGUGAGAGUUAUUAGUAUUAUAUCAACAAAUAACUUUUUAAUGCAAUUCCUGUAUUGUACUUGUUAACAUAUAUAGGCAUGUAUGUAUGCAUAUAAGCCUUUGGAGAAUGUGAAUUUCUUUACACACAUAGUGUAUUGCUAAUCAAAAUCAUUUUCUUGGUAUUACCUUCUAAUAUUCACAUUUGCCUGCCGUUGUAUACUCAGUGUGUAAUGCUUUAGAUAAAUUGGUAGCUUGUUUAUUUAUUUUUUUUUUUUGCAGGGAGGGUGGGGAUAUCACCAAUCCUAAUGUUUUAACUUUUAUGUGUAAUAGAGAAGUCAGUGUGUUUGUAGGCAAUCAUCUGCAUAAAAAUGUAUUGCUUUUUCAGAAGUUUUGCUAUAAAGCAUGUUAUAUAUUUUUCAAAAGUAUUAUAAACAGCAUUUCUCAAUCAUUUUAUACAUGUUCUUAAACAUAAAGGCUAGCCUGAGUUCAUGAUAAUUUUCAAUGGAUUGGAUUAAGAUCGUUGCAAGUUCCCAAAUUUUGAGCAGAUAGUUUUUGUUCCAUUUGUCAAGGCUACUGAUGUGCGCUAAUUUAAUCAAGAUGUACUUUGAAAGUGUUGCGUUUGUUGCAUCCUUGACUUUCGUGGAUGGCAUGGUCAUUGUAGUUUUGUCCAUGUGAAAAAGCAAUUUAAAAACAGUUGCCCUUUUAUGACAAAGAGCUAUCUUUAGCUUGUGAACAACUUUGACCCUUUAAUAAUCCUUGGGUGUUUUAUUUCAGUAACACCAUUGCCCUGAAGGGUGAUGCUGUCUGGGUCUUUUGUUCCUUGUCCAGUAUUUGCUUUGGAAGGAUAAGAGGAUAUGGAUUCAUUUACAGUUUUUUAAAGUAUUUAUAUACAGUUUUAGAAAAGAGCAAAAGAUUUUUUUUUAUCUCUUAUUGUGGUGAAUAUUGUAUGCUGCAUUCAUGCAGGUGAUUUUAAUUUUUUUAAUCUGAUUUCAGCUUUGCAAGGCUUUCGUUCAAGUUACUGAAACAUGGUUGCCAUUGUUGUGCCAUGCUAUUUUGUGAUGGCAAGCAGAUGAAGGCACAUGUAUAUAGUAUUGUGGAAAGUGCGCAGGAAUGGUUGUGUAGAGAACAGUGCUGGUAGACUGGAUUUUUGUUUGCACUGGUCUGUAUUCCAAGUCGCAGACAGCAUCUAUAUAAAUACAAGUUUAAAGCUGUACACGCCUGGGCCAAAGUACCAACUCUUUAGAUUCACCUGAAGAUAUUAAAGUCAGUUUUUGUAAUAAUAGGCAACAUUUCUCCUCACAAAAUGUGCACACCUGAAAUUUUGGUCAGUAUACUUUUUUUUUUUUGGAAAUAUUUUAAUUUUUGAACUUUUAUGGUGGGUGCAGUGUAGGUUCUGCAGAAGGCCAGGCUAUCACUAGUAGACUAUACCACCAUUCGAAGCCACAUUCGUUGCUGCAGUACUCACAAUAAUAACCCACACAAGUUUUUUGUAACCCCCGCCCUUACAAACAUCAUUUUAUGAAUAUUGAGCAGCCACCAAGAGCCAAAGUUUAAAAGUUAAAACAGGGAAGAGCAUGGAAAAAAUGUCGGGAUUCUGAUAUAAAUUCACAAAGUGUAGCUUACACCAGGUCUCCAAAUAGUUAGGCAUAACAGACUUAAAAGUCUAAACUGAAAGCUAUUCAAGAGUGUCUUUAAAUGAAAAACCAAAGUAAAACAAAAUAGUUGCUUUCAAAUACAUUGUUGUCCUUGAAUGAAUAUCCUGUCCUGCAGGACAAACUGCAUAGGCUUACUUGGAUAUACUUGCAGGAAAGAACUAUCAUCAUGUAGAGACUUGUACCUAUAGCUUCCAUUGGAAAGAAUAUACAGAUUCUGCUUGACCGAGUAUAAUACUUUGUUAGGUACGUGCAAUAUGAGUUAUUUGUAAAUGUUGUGUGAAUGUUCUACUACUGGGCUUUAGUAAGAUAAUGUUUAAACCAAAUUAUGUGCAUGGUAGUGGAUGAGAGGCUUCAUUUUUCUUUCAUAAAGGUAACCCUCAGAGCCAUAAGAGAGGUAGUCAGAUUGAAGAAAGUAUGCACAUCAAUCCAUGGCACCCAAUUUCAUGGUCUUCAUAUUUGUGGAACAAAAGUAUUGCUUUUUUUUUAAGCUGUCCAACAAGCGCAUGAAUGCUUGUAUGUACAUUGCCACUAAGCUGUGAUCUUGCAGGAUUUGUGAGAACACUGGCAUUCUAUGUUUGUUCAAAGCUUGCUAGUCCAGCCUCAAAACCCACCUCUUUAAGAAAUAUCCUUUGCAAUCAGGUGUACUGCUUUGCUCGCUGCUCAGUUCUUUGCCUUUACUCAUGCACUUUGUUUGUCAUGUGUCAUCUGUUUGCUGGUUUGUUUAUAGUCUUUCAUGGACAGUACAUUGAGCUUGCCCCCACAUGGAGAAAUUGAAUUCUUCUUCUAAGGAGCAAUCAUUUGCUGUUUCUACAUGUUCAAUUAGUAGUUAAUUAACAGUAUUAGAAUAAGUUCCAACUUUUUAUAUCUUCAUGUGUAUCACAUUUGAUUAGCAUUUGUGGAGCUUUGCCAUUCCAUUUCUCUUAUCUUCAACCAAAACUUUGGGUGUAUUAAACAGGGUAGAGUUGAUGUUGUCCUGUGAUUUGAAAAAUUAGAACUCUAGUAAUGGGAGGCAGCAAUCAGAAUCAAAAAAUGAUGCAUACCUCUAGUCUUGUGUUGUUUUUGUAUUUUAACGAAGGUUAAAAGUAACCAUGCAAAACCCUUUACCUUGGCAGCAAUACUCGAAUAGGGUGAUAGCAUGGGUAUCGAUCACAAGUAGCUUGUGUUUAUUAUUCUUACUUCUAUCUUGUGAAACCCAAACUACAAUAAAUUUUUUUUGGCAAGUUUGCUGUGAUGCUUGAAUUUAUUUAUUUAUGUAUUGUGAAAUGUGGAAUUUCAAGUAUUUAAAAUUUCCACUGUGUUUAUUUGUGAUUUAGGUGUUUUUCCUUUUAUACUGCACCAUCAUUUGGUGGUGAUGUAUAUGUUACCCAACUGGAAUUAAACAUUCAUGCAAAACUU